AGCUUCUUCUAUUCCGUCCACAAACAUUUGAACCAUUUGAACCUUAGGCACUAAUUUUAAAAAAUACCCUUACGCAUAAACCAUACCACAUUUCUAAAUCUCUGCUUACAAAAGUCAACACAUUCCUGUCCAUUCUUUUCAUCCCGACCCAUCUUUCAAGGCAAUAAGAAUUAAUCAGCGGCAGAUGGAUACAUUUAAAGAUAUUAUUUAUUGGAGUGAGCCAAUCAAGUCGGGUAUUGUUUCCGCUGUUGGGUUGACAUUUUUGUUAAGUUUAUCCUGCAUGUCAUUCAUUUCCGUCGUUGCUUACGCUGGGCUUGCCUUAUUUUGCUGUACAGCAGCUUGCAAACUGUAUAAUGCCGUUCUUGGUUCAAAUAAACGGGAAGCGUCAGACAAUUCAAACCAUUCAUUUCAUUCAUGGCUUGAAUAUGAUAUUCUGUUAUCUGAAGAUAAAAUUGCCCAACGUGUUGGAGCUGCAUCUGAACAGUUAUCUGAAAAACUAAAUCAGUUACGUCGUAUGUUAUUGAUGCAAGAUUAUUUUGAAACUAUCAAGCUUGCGAUUGGCUUAUACAUACUAUCAAUUAUAGGUGGAUGGUUUAAUUUACUUACAUUGAUUAUCAUACUAUUCGUUUUGGGAUUGACGUGCCCCAGAAUUUACUUAUUAUACCAGCCUCAAUGUGAUGAAGCAUUCAAAAUGGCCAAAACGAAAGUGACAGAUAUACUUAAAAUUGUUGAAACUAAAAUUGAAAAGCUUCGUGGUUCACCAAAAAAGUAGGAUUUCUGCAUCCUGUUCACAGUGAUCUAUUCAGUCUGGUGAUAUUCACUCAAAUGAUGUAUUUGUCUUCAGUGAUUUGUAAUGUGUGCAUAUUCUUAUAGAAAUUACUCCUCCUCUUUUAGUCUUGUCAUACAUUUAAAUUUUCUCUGAAUCAUGUAACAAUACUAUAAUUGUGCUUUUGCCAUUUAUUCCUUAAUUAAUUAAAGAAUCUUCACAUUUUAAAUUAAGAAUUAUUUCCUUCUACCUCCUGCCUCUUCGUUUUCGUUUUGCAUGUUUCGAUGUUACUUGUUUUUAUUUUGUUUGUCAUUAGUUUGUGAAUCAGAAUAAAUUGGUUGAUUCUGUCUUGAAGUUUUAUGUAUCAACUUUAAGUUUACAGUUAUUUGAACGUUUUGUCUACCCUAUUAAUCUCAGUAGAUGUCACAAAAAACUAGCCUUGAUUUUGCUUUCCUUUAUUACAACAAAAUAUUUUAUACGUAUUUGAAAGAUUGAUCCAUCUUCACUUUAGCCCUACAGAAAUUAAAAAAAUUGUGAUGCCUAAAUAAACUUACAUGGUCA